CUAGCCGCCAACCCUCACAUUCACUCUGCGCUCUCUACUUUCGAAACCCACUCCCAGUCUCGCAGCAGCCAGCACCUCCCACUCCCAACAUGCGUGAACCCCUUCCUCCCACCAUCUCCCUGCGCUAAUGAACCCCUUCCUCUCACCACCUCCCAGCGCCACCGAACCCUUCCAGUCUUUCACACAGCGCCGCCGAACCUUUCGUCCCAGCACCUCCUCGCAGACAGCACCAGCCAACACCAUCGUCGCAGAGCCAGCACCACCCGCAGCAUCGUUUCUGGCCUCGCGGAGACAGCACCACCCAGCCACCCACAGCAUCGUUUCUGGCCUCGCGGAGACACGGAUAGCAGCCGCCAUCGAGUCAAGUCAGAUAAGGAGCCUCCAAUUUAGAGUUCAACACAGCAGCUCCCAGUCUCCCACCACACCACUGACCCCAACAUCAUCAUCGGUGAUAACGGAGUUGGGAAGUCAUGUCUUCUACUUCAAUUCACUGGCAAGUGCUUUCAACCCGUCCAUGACUUGA